GUCGAAGGCGAUGGUUCACCCAGUUCUGAGUCGGAGGCACGCCGGUUUGCGUGCGACUCAAACCCUGUUGUAAUGUUUCUGGACGAUCCCCACUCAAGGCUACAGGAAGGUCAAACAUCCCGAGGUGAUGUUGGCGGUUGGUAUAAUGGCCGCAUCACUACGGAGCCCCAAAUCAACUCUGCUUCGAAGGCUGAUAGCUUGCCGAAAAAUACGUUCCUCCUUCCUCCAAGGCCCAGUCAGGAGGCUCUGGUGAACAUUUUCUUCUGUCGAAUACAUCCGAUACUGCCUCUUUUGGAUGAGUGUGACACGAUAUCGCGCUUUAGAAACGGCACACUCUAUCCUCCCCUUCUUCAAGCUAUCUGUCUCGUCGCCGCGAAAGAUCAUGCCGCGCUUUCAUUGCUACAUUUCGAAUCAAACAACGCACUGUUACCUCUUGGCGUAUUUAGCCAGCGACUGCACCAGGACACAUUAAAACAUGUCCCUCGUCGGCCAACUGGCAACCGCAUCACUCUAAUUCAGACCCUGGCUCUCCUAUGUCUGCAUGAAUGGGGGCCUCAUGGGUCAGAAGAUAGCUCUUUGAGCCUGGUUCAAGCGAUUCAUCAUGCCCAGACCAUCGGGUUACAUUUACAGAGGCCUGGCAAGGAGCCUGGGCCACAGAUGAAAGCUCUAUUCUGGACUCUAUGGAGUUUAGAUCGAUGGAACUCUGCAAUUCACGGGAGGUCCGUGAUCCUUCAUGAUUGCGAUUUAGGACAAAGCGUUAUCGACAUCAUUCCCUCCUUUGAUCCACCCUUCAGGAUAUGGCUUCAUCUUGCCAAUAGCCUCAACCGAGUGAUCGCCUCUUAUCGACCGAUGGUCGAUGGGAGUAGUGAAAACCCUCCGUCAAUCCCAACGUUCACAGAGCUUCUCAAUUGCUCAGACGCUUGGGAUGCUAGUCCUGAAAUCCUGAGCUCACUUGAAUUUUUUCAUCAUGCAGUAGUACUUCUUUCUACCCAUUCAAAUGAGCUACAAGGCCGCUCUCCCACCCGCGAAUCGGUCAUCCGCCAAAGCCAGUCAAUUCUGACGGUCGCGGCACUGUGCCGCAGAAUACGAAUGGAAGACCUGCUGCCAAUCUCUAUUUCCGCAUACACCCUAUCCCUUGCACUCUCUAUCACAUACAGGCACGUGAAAAGAGCUCGACUGUCAACAGACAAAAUUGUGGCUAUCGAGAAUCUCACAGUUUUUCACCAAUGCCUGGUAUCAUUGAGUGGUACCUGGUGGCUGGCCGCUAUGAUGAUGCGAUUGGGCAGACACGCGCUUGAGAAUACGCAAGCGCUUCAAAAUAUACCCAUAACUAAUCCAGUCCAAGCCAUAUCAAGGCACGAAGAGUCGACUCUAACUGGCUGUCCUGUUCUUGUAUCAGGUACACCCUUGAACUCCUACCGGACGCCGCGUUCGAUUGACACGAGCGUCGCGGCUGGACGUGAACCACAACCCAUCUCGGUGGCUUCUCCGGGUCAUAAAUAUUCUGGUGAGAUCCUCUCACCUGAUUUGGAUCAGUUCUUUGGGGACCUAGAUUUUGCUUCUGUGGAAGAGGGGUAUUUUGAUACAUUCUUCCAGAACUUUUUGGAUGUAAACUUGCCCACCACUUUAGAUGAACAGAUUCUAGGUCAAUAG